UAUAAAGCGUUCCAGGAGCUCAAAGCCCUUGUAGAACAGGAGUCCUCACUCCCAGUGCUCUGCAUCGGCUUUGGCUGCAGCACUGCUGCUAUCGCUGCGCGUCUGGACGCCCUGAUCCUUUGCACAGCUGCAGAGAGGACAGACAAGGCAAUGAUUGAACUGGGCUCAGUGGAGGAGGGCAGCAGUCUAAUAGACGAGCUGAUGGAGUUGACAUCUCAAAACUUAUGUCAGCUCGAGAUUAAAGAGCACUUUAACAUCAUUAAAGAGAUCGGCCGUGGCAAGUACGGCCGUGUGCUGCUGGUCACCCACCGCUGCAAGGGGACUCCAAUGGCUCUGAAAGUGCUGCCCAAGGCCUCGACUAAACUGCAGGGUUUCCUGAGAGAAUACUGCAUCUCCUUGCAUCUGUCUUGCCACCCCUGCAUCGUGGGAUUGUUUGGAAUCGCAUUCCAGUCCAACGAGCACUAUGGAUUCGCCCAGGAGCUUGUCACAGGACGGGACCUGUUCGCCAUCAUCCAGCCACGGGUGGGCAUCCCUGAAUGUGCAGUGAAGCGCUGUGCCGUUCAGAUCUCUUGUGCUCUAGAGUUCAUCCACCAGCGUGGUCUGGUCCACCGUGACAUCAAGCCUGAGAACGUUUUGCUGCUGGACACUCAGUGCCGCUGCGUCAAACUGGCCGACUUCGGCCUCACCCAAAGACGAGGAACCUUCAUCCGCUUCAUAUCGGGCACACUGCCGUAUAUGGCUCCAGAGUUGUGUGCCAUGGUCUUGGAGGAAGGUCAGAAGGAGGUGAAUGUCCCUCCGCUUUGCGUGGAGCCCACUCUAGACACCUGGGCCUUUGCCGUGCUUCUUUUCUGUAUCCUCACGGGCUUCUUCCCCUGGGAGCGCUGCAACGACACCGACGAUUUCUACGAGGAGUUUGCAGACUGGCGCAGAUCGCCGAAGAAAAACCCAGUACCAUCCCAGUGGAAAAGAUUCACGCCCGUAUGUAUGGAGAUGUUCAAGAGGAUGUUAGCGCUGGAUCCCAAUGAGAGGUGCUCCAUAGGUGAGGUCAAAGGUUAUGUGGGUAAGGACUGGGUGCGUGCGAAGGACACCAACGGAUGGGUGGGAGUAAAUGGAGAGGUCAGCACGUCCACACCGAGUCCCUGCAGAAGCAGCUACAGUGAUGAACAGUGAUGGUGUUAUAUGACAAAUGAGUAGAAUGUGGUGCCAGUUGCAAUGCUGAGAGCUGCGUGGUGGAAUGAAUUUAGAUCAUUAGAGGUGUUGAUCUCUCAAAAAAUGAGGAAGACACUCAUUUGCGGGAUGGAUUAAAUACAAUUUAUUCUUCAACAGCAACUGUAGGAUGCUAUAAUUAACAAAAAAUCUUUUUAUGUAAUUCACAUUUUAAAAAAAAUUAUAUAUAUAUAUAUAUAUAUAUAACAAAAGCACGUGUUACGGCUGUUGCGAUUAAAAUGAAAUUAAAAUGAAUGAAAAGUGUCAAUUCACGGAAUUACAUUUAGAUUCACUGCGUCUGAUUGCUUUUACACGCUGUUUUGUGCAGACUGAUCUUAUAACCAAUCAAACGCGUUUCUGUUGAACUUAGGAAUGCAUUGGCCAAUCAGAGGCACUUAGAUUAGUCAGCGCUGAAAACACGCCAAUCAGAGACAGAUACAAUGUAAAUAAAAGAUGAUUUUCAUUGCUUCAGUGAUUAUAAUGGGAGUUUUUGCAUAAUUUGUGCUUGAUGUGUGAUGUGACGUGCCCAAAAUGAAACAAUUUUUUUUAAUUAUUAUUUUCUAUUUCAAUAUUAAUAAUCAUUAUUACAAUAUAAAGGGCAAUAACCUACAAUGAUUUUUUGUCAUAACAUAGCAGCCCUUUGAGCGCCUGUGUUUAAUUUAGAAACAAUUUUAAACAGUUUAUUGUAAUUGACAACAGUUUAAAUUAUUGAUUAAAGUAAUUGGGUAAAUUUAAGUAUAUGACAUUAAAGACAACAUUUUUUGAUAAUAAUUAAUGAUAAUAAUUUUAUAAUGAUAUAGAUUGAUACGUAUAUACCACUAGUGCUUUUGUAAUGUAUAUAUUUUAUAACAUUUUGUAUUAUGGGUUUUUUAAUAAAAUGUAUGGAUGCAAAAUAUCUUAUAAAAUACAGAAACUGCAAAAAACUUUAAAAGUAAUUAAUAUAUAAUAUUUAAAUAUAUAAAAUUGAGACAAAAAAAAAUGUUAAAAAUAAAUAUUAAAUAAAUGUUAUUAUUACCAUAUUAGCAUGAUGACUCCGUUUUAAACUAUAUCAUAAUACAUGUAAUUUAUACUGUCUGUUUAUUUGAACAUAGAAAGCCUUGAGUUUUUGUUAGCAAAACACUUUCUAUCUGACGCACAUAUGGUUAGAUCUUGUGAUUUAUGUCAAUUUUUAGUAAAAUUUUCUUGAAAUCUCUAUUGUUUUAAAAACAAAAAAACAACAACCCCUUUUAAACCAAAAGUAUGGGCAGAGGACACAUAUCCUAUUGACCAAAAUCUACAAAAUUGUCGUCAAUAGUAUAUUUUUAAUUUAGGGCUGCUAAACGAUUAUUUGCGAUUAAUCGCAUACAAAAUAAAAGUUUGAAUUUGCCUAAUAUAUGUCUGUGUACUGUGGGUAAUUAUUAUGUAUAUAUAAAUACAUUCACAUUCAUCUAUAUAUAAGAAAUAUUUACAUGUAUAUGUAUUUAUUAUCAUUUUUAUAUAUAAUUUAUAUUAUAUAUAAAUAAAAAUAUUUUGUACAUAACAUUUCUCUUAAAUAUAUACAUCCUUUGUGUAUAUAUAUAAAUACAUAAUUACACACAGUACACACACAUUUAUUAGGCAAACUCAAGCUUUUAUUUUGUAUGCGAUUAAUCACAAAUAAUUGUUUGACAGCCCUAAUUUAAUUAAUAUAAAGGACAACUCUGACAAUAUAUUUCAUAUAUGGGACUAAAUCUGACAGUGGCAUCAUAAAUGAUGCUUCUUUAGCUCAAACUGCUUUAUUUUUCAGGCUGGACCAUACAUAAAAAAAAAAAAAAGGCCGUGCCUCUUUUGGCGCUUUUAACUGCAGGACUACAGUUGUCAUACUGAGCGGUAUAAUUUUCUCAUUUAUUUUUAUAUGAGUGGACCGUCUCUGCCUUUUGUCUCUGAUACUGUCAAAGAAAUGCAUGUAUGCGCACAAUUAAAUCCUCUACCUCUACCCAAAAUAACAUUUUUUCAUUUUCAAGAUUUCAAGAUUUUUCAUUUUCAACAUUUUCAAGAUUUGCCAAUCACUUCUGUUUCUAGCAAAAAUGAGGGUCCAGUAUAUGAAAGUACACAGAAGACAGUCAGACAUACAUUUCCCAUAACUGUAAUGUAGAUGAGGGGGUACAUUAUAAAACUACUAACGUUUAACGUCUUUAUCCAAGUUUACUAAAAUACAUAUUGUAUAUUUGUAUAAAAUGCGUAUAUUUUCCAUAUCAACUUGUCUUGUUUGCUGUGCUUAUGA